AUUAAGUAUAUCGUCAGUCAAAUAAAGUUCGGUUCCUGCAAGUUUGUAGAAAUUUCAAAAGGUAUAUUUGAGUUUGACGUGUAGCUCCUGAGAAAUGAAGUACGACAUAUUUAUUAUAUACGCCAGAGAAGAUGCAAAAUUUGUUCGAUCGCUCGCAAAAGGUCUUGAAAGAAUCAAUAUCUCUGUGUUAUACAAAGAAAGUUUAGCUGUGCUCGACAUGGCGUCAAUGAAUCCUUUGAAAAAGUCCUUAGGUGACGGAUUCCAAAUGGCACUGUAUGGCAUUAUAGUCAUCAGUAAGGAAUUCUUUAAGAUUGGCUUUGGGGCAGAUGACCUUGAUUACCUCUCUGAAGUUUUGUUGAUGGAAGAACAAAUCUUGCAUCCACUCUGGUAUUAUGUUAAUGAUACUGAAGUUUCAAAUUGGUAUCCCAAGAUGGGGAUGAAUAUUGCUUUGCGAUUUCCUCCAGAGACAGAGGAUUCAAUUGCAAGGAAGUUUGUGGCAAAGCUAGCUGGUUCUGCUGAAUUACAGCAUGAUGUACUCAAUGGCUUUCACUCCCGAAUUCAAUACAUGCCACCAACAGUCAGCACCUAUCGGCCAGUUGAAUUUCAAGAGUCAAGUACGACAAUGUCGUUUCAAAGAACUGAGAAACAAGAAUAUGAUGAUCAAGGACGAACUUCCGAGGAUACGUCUAUACCCGGUUUAAAUGAGGCAUCGAACAGACAAUCACAAAUCAAGGAAACUGAAAAACAGAUUGAUGACGAACCAAUUCUUGAGUGUUUUACUAUUGAUCUGAGGCACGAAAUUGGCAGGCGACUGGAUGUGUACCUUAAAGGUCUUUCGAACUGGAAAGAUCUAGCUGGCGUUUUUCGAAUUAAAGAUGAACCUGAACUUAGAAGUCUACUACGCACAAAGGAACCAACGAUGAGUUUAUUGGAUAUUAUUGCUGGACAAGGUGUAACAGUUGGUCAACUAAAACUUGCUUUAGAAAAGAUUGACCGAUGUGAUGUUGUCAAUUUUAUAGACAAGUAUCUUUCUUCCGUUUUCUAAUGUAUAAAUAUUUGUAGAUAUUGCUUAUAGCAUUGGUUUGUAAAAUGGUACUGUUAGUAAAAUGGUGCACAAAUGAGUUAUCAUGAUACUGAGGAACAAAUCCAAAUAGCAAUUAAUAGCUAGACAAUCGAGAAACAAUUUUAUGACGUGAAAUAAUUGACCGAUCGUAAUAUUAAAGAGAUAUCACUAUACCUUUGUUAGAAUCAUGUACGAUUUCUGACCAAUAUCAUUUAUAAUGGUACUAGCUCAAUUGUUGGUUACGAUAUUUGACAACCUAUUGCAAGUCUACAAUAUUGCAAGUCUAUAUUUUGCAUAAAGCUCGCCUCCCAAGUUUGUAGAUAGCCUUCAGAUAUCAAAGCAAUAUUGAGUCACAUCAGAUUUUUGCAAAGAUUUUUUCCGCACUUUGUGGAAAAAUGUUCAUUACUCCCCCGUACAACUCUGGCUAGAACCUAGAAAAAAGUGUAACGGAAAGAAAAGGAACGUAGUGUUUUUAUCAUUGAAAACACAACUGCGGUAACACAAGACAGAUUACGAGAGAAAGACUAAAAGUAUGAGAGAAAUUCCAUUGUUCUUAUAUCUAUAAACUUGUAAAACGUGUUGCAUGUUAAGCAAGCUAGUUAUUUAUUAUAUCGCCGAGCAGACUUAGUAUUGUUUAUUGCUUUUUGAGACAGAUGUUCAAGAUCUU